GUUACACCCCUGCUGAAAACUCUGGUCUGUCAAGGCUUAUUGCUACUGAGGUUCAUUCUCUGUGAUCUGUACCUCAAGGAGAGCUCAAGUGAAACUGGGAUAAUUAAAAAGUCUGCAGUACUUCUUUGGUGCUUCUUAGUUCUUUUGAGACUCAUGAUAACUUCACUUACAUUUGGACAGCUUGUUUGAUUUUUUUCUUCAUUCUGGCAAUGGCCAAACAAGGAUCUGGCAAGAAAACCCCAAACAUUGAACUAUUCAUUAAGGCUAGCUUUGAUGGAGAGAACAUUGGAAACUGUCCAUUUUGCCAACGUUUAUUCAUGGUUCUGUGGUUGAAAGGGGUUGAAUUUAAUGUAACAACAGUGGAUAUGAAAAAGAGACCUGAAGAAUUGCUCCAUCUAGCUCCAGGCACCAAUCCACCAUUCCUUAUUUUCAAUGGGGAAUUAAAAACUGAUUUUAUCAAGAUUGAAGAAUUUCUUGAAGAGACACUGGCUCCACCCAGGUACCCACAUCUCACACCGCGCCAGCCAGAAUCGUAUCAUGCUGGCAGUGAUGUCUUUGCCAAAUUUUCAGCAUACAUCAAGAACACAAGUAAAGUCGCCAAUGAAAAAUUUGAGAAUGCUUUACUGAAGGAGUUGAAAAGAUUGGACAACUACCUGAGAGAACCUCUUCCUGAUGAAAUUGAUGCCAAUAGUACGGAGACUGUUCUUGUCUCCACAAGGAAAUACUUAGAUGGAAACAAGCUCACACUGGCAGACUGCAACCUGUUACCUAAGCUUCAUAUCAUCAAGAUAGCUGCCAAGAAAUACCGGAAUUUUGAGAUUCCUAAAGAAAUGUCUGCUCUCUGGCGUUAUCUGAGAAACGCAAAUGAACGAAAUGAGUUCAAGCAUACCUGCCCAUCCAAUGAAGAGAUUGAAAGGGCCUACGCUGAUAUUGCCAAAGAAAUGCAAUGAAGAUAACUGACUCACAUUGUACAACAAAGUCCCAAUGUAUGGAAUUAUCCUGUUCUAUUCCUUGAACUGAGAGGUAGCAUAGAAAUCUGCUUCACUUUCUGUGUUCACAACCCAAUUCUGGUGAGAAAAGCAGCUUGGUUACUCUGUGUUAUAAACAUUUAUCCUAUCCUGAUUCAAUUGUUAUGGCCCAUCUAAUUAUAAAAUUACACUUUGGAGGAACAUAUUAGAUGCCCUUUGUUACAGAUGCAGUACAUUCAAAAAACAAAAACAUAGAUGAAGGACAGUCAUUGAUCUAGAGUCUGAUACCAGCCUGAAAUGUCCUCACUGAAUGUAGUUAACUUCUACUUGCACUUAAUAUUUGUUUAUUUUUCUGCAGUUAGACCUUUUGGUCUUAAAGUCACAUAGAUCCCCUUUAACAUUCGUGUAAUACAAUUUUACUACACAAUAUAAUAUUCCUGUGAUCAUAAAAAUACAUACUGUGCCUGUCUAACUGACUAUAAACAACUUAUAGGGGGUUAAUAGUUUGGACAAAGUACAAUAAAACAAUAUAAUUCUCAGCUAAUUUUGGCAAAGUUGCACCCCAUUAAUUCACUGUAGUCUGUGGUUGCAUUUAUGGGAGGGAGAAUGGAGCCCCUCUAACUCACUAGGAUCCCUUGUGUGUUGGAGAAAGCUGAUCCCCAUUCCUUUGUCUUAUUCACAGGAUGUGGCUUUAACUGUCAAUGUCAGCAUUUAUUGUUCAUCCUUCAUUCCCCUUGAAAUGAGAGGCAGUUAAGAGCCAAUCACAUUGGUGGUUCUGGGUUUACAUGCAGGACGACCAAGUAAGAAUACUGAAUUUCCUCCCUCAAGGAUAUACAGUAAGUGAGCUAGAUCUGGUUUCACAUCACCUUCCAGCCUCUGACUCUAUUCUUACCCCUUCCCUCCCUACCUGGUCACAUCUGCCUUUUUUUUUCCUCUUAUGUUUCCAGCUAUCACUUACUAGCCUCUGUCUCAACACUUCCCCUCCCCCAACACCCCCUCCCUCCCCACAGCUCAUCUGGUUCCUCCUACCACCUACCAGCCUUUUGUCAUUCCUCCCCCUCACCUUUUUAUACUGGCUAUCUUCCCUUUACACUCUCAGUCCUCAUGGAGGUCCCAAUCUGAAAUGUCAACCACCCUUUUGCCUCUGCAGAUGCUGCCUGACCUGCUGAGUUCUUCCAGCAGUAUAUUUUUUGCUCUGUUUUAUUAGCAGUCCAGUUUCAUGCUUAACGUCACUCUGAGUAGUUUUUCUUUUAAUUCCAUACAUUUUAAAAAAUUGACUUAUUUGAAUUUAAAUUCCCCAGCUGCUGUAGCACGGUGUAAAUUCAUGACAAUGAAUCAAUGGUCCAGAAUUGCUUUCUAGUCCAGUAACUUAACUGCUACACCCUUGAAGCCAAUGCACACGAAACAAUUAUUACAUUUUUGCUUGAUGCUGAUAGUUUCAAGAUAAUACUUAAACAACAGGCAUGAACUGAAUAUCUAUAUAUAACAAAAUUCCACUGUAAUGAUAAUGUCUACACUCAGAUUUCGCUGCAGUUUCUUCAUAGUAACAGUCCCUCAAAAUGACUUUUCAAUUCAUGUACUCAAAAAUAAUUACCCAUGUUUGAAAGAGCAUCUGGACAAGUAAUUAUUUAAAGUGUCUCUUUGUUGAUGUAACACGGCUAAAGAUCUUUGUCCACCCUUUGCUUCCUCAGUCUGCAUUCUAAAGACUGCUCAAGGCACAGUAGUCAAUGAACCAUGCACUUCAGAAUGCCACGCAGGAGCAUCAGUGGGGAAUCCUGGAAUAUUCUCCCCCUAAGGAUAAGGCAUCUUAAUGAAACUUGGAUCCGGUUUUCUUAUUUCUGUAUCUCCAAAUCAGUGCUCCAGAAUAUGGUAUGGUCAGAUCAUAACUGGAGACUAACAGGUCCUUACUGACCAUGUCAACUCCUACCUGACCAAUCCUUCCAAAUCCUCACUUGAGAAUCACAAUGUCCAAACAGACAAGAUCAAGGGGACACAAAAUAGGAAGGCAAAUAGAAGCCUGCAAUUUGUAAUAUUUUUGCAUUUUCAAAUUGAUAUUGGUAUUGGUAUUGGUACCGAGGUACAGUGAAAAACUUGUCUUGCAUACAGAUCGUACAGGUCAAUUCAUUACACAGUGCAGUUACAUUGAGUUAGCACAGAGUGCAUUGAGGCAGUACAGGUAAGAGCAAUAACAGUACAGAGUAAAGUGUCACAGCUACAGGGAAAGUGCAGUGCAAUAAGGUGCAUGGUCACAACAAGAUAGAUUGUGAGGGCAGGGUCUAUCUCAUCGUAUAAGGGAACUGUUCAAUAGUCUUAUCACAGUGGGGUAGAAGCUGUCCUUAAGUCUGGUGGAACGUGCCCUCAGGUUCCUAUAUCUUCUACCUGAUGGAAGAGGAGAGAAGAGAGGAUGACCUGGGUGGGUGGGGUCUUUGAUUAUGCUGGCUGCUUCGCGAAGGCAGCGAGAGGUAAAGACAGAGUCCAAAGAGGGGAGGCUGGUUUCCAUGACGUGCUGGGCUGUGUCCACAACUCUCUGCAUUUCUUGCGGUCCUGGGCAGUGCAGUUGCUGUACCAAGCCAGAGAGGAUGCUUUCUAUGGUGCAUCGAUAAAAGUUGGUGAGUGACAUGCAUUGCAUUUUUGACAUGCACAGUAAUUUAAGAAUGUGCUUGUUUGAUCUCAAAUACAAGUCAGAGUUGAUAGAAAGAUUACAAAUACUGCAAAAAUAAAUUUGCUUUGGGUUGAUAAAUUGUCAGAUGAUCCUGCUCUCACUGAGCUUUAUUAGUAAUUCUAUCUUCAUAAAUAUUAAGAAAUCAUAAACAAAUAUUAUGUUAAUAAUUAUAUGAAUAUAUGAAGAUCCCCCUAUUUUUCUGUGCACGUCCAUUAAUAAAUCCCAGAAAAUAUUUUGUUUAACCUUAGUUUGAAAUUAUGUAAUUGUUUUCCUUCAAUGUCAUCUGUUAUAUGCUUUUUGGUGUGAUAUUCAUCUUAUGUCCAACUAUAGUCUCAU